AUGACUUUUGGGACAGACUUGAAGGAUCAAGUACCUUCCAUCUUGGACUAUGUUAGCCAAGGCAUUCAAACACUUUCACAAUUUCGAAGCUUUUUGAAAGAAAAGAGUAAUAUUGAACGUGAAUAUGCUCAAAAACUAGAAAAUUUGACCAAGAAGUAUAAGCCAAAGAAUGCUCAACAACAACAGGAUGAGUGGAAUUAUGACGAGAGUACGGCUAAUGGAGGCACAACCAAUGCAGUUUGGACACAACUUCUCAAACAAACAAUACAGAUAGCUAAAAACCGUCAAGCUGUAGCAGAUAACUUGAAUCAGUCAGUAGUGGAUGAACUAAGGGAGGUUAUUGGAAGAAAAGAAGAGUGUCGAAAGAAGCAUGCCUCAUUUUAUCAAAAGCUGAAAAAUGAGCGCGAUAAGACAUUCUUUGAGAAGGAUAAAGCAAAGCAGCUAUAUGAUGACGCAUGUGCAGAAAUAGAAUCUCUAAAGUCAAAGCUAAACAAGUCGAGUGGGGAUAAUGAAAAGAUACAAAGACAACUGGACGCAGCUUACCUAGAAUGCGAUAAUAAAAAAAAUCUUUAUUUGUUAGCCAUUGCUGCUGCAAAUGCAGAACGAUCAAAAUACUUCGAACAAGAUCUUCCAGCAUUGGCUGAUCAAUUGGAAAUGUUGGAUGCAGAGCGAGUUGGAUGUCUUCGAUCUAUACUCUGCCAAUACAUUCAAAUUGAACAAUCAUCGAUAUCUACUAUCAAGCAGUGCUAUGAAGAUGUCUCGAGUUCCAUUGAAAAUUUAGACUCUAUUAUUGAAUCCGGUAUAUUCAUCCGAAAGGCAUUAGACACAGACUCGACAGAACGAGCAGCCAACGUGACAUUUAGCUUUAUGCCCUGGAACGGUGGAGCUAAUGCAGCAGAGACAAUUAUUGAUAGAGAUGAUCACUUGGUGACAAAUGACACUGCUGCCAUAUUCUUGAAUAACAAGUUGAUCAAGGAUCGUAAAUACUUAGAUACACUUGGAGAAGAACUAUCAAAAAAGUCAACUGAAUUAAAUCAAUUGGAAUCAGCGGUGUCAUCCAUACAAAACAAGGGAACUGCAGAAUACGACAAAGCAAAUGAGAAACUACUUGAUUUGAUGAGGGAUAUAACAAUGUUAUCAACAGACAAGGUGAAGGUUAAAAGUGAAAUUGACCUUAUUAUACAACACAUUGGAGAUGACGGACUUAGAGCAAAGAAUCAUGAUUUCAAACAAUCUUCGUUUACUAUACCAACUACUUGUGAUUACUGUAACAGCACUAUUUGGGGACUUUCCAACAAAGGUCUUACCUGCAAAGCUUGUGGAUUUAAUUGCCAUGCAAAAUGUGAAAUGAAGGUGGCACCUAACUGCAGUAAAGUGAAAGGACAAGUGAAUCCACAACCUGCCUCAGUCAGUCGAUCACAAAGUAAAUCUACCUUCCAUAACUCUUUAUCUCCUGCUAAUUCGACCAUUCUAUCAAACCAUCCUGACACACCAUUAUCUAUGGUUCCGCCAAGCCAUAACGAACCAAGCUAUACUGAGUCAAGUUAUAUUGAACCAAGCCAGAUACCAACAACAGCAACAACAAUGACAACAGCUGCAGAUAUUCGAUGUAUUUACAGCUAUGAUGCACAAAAUGAAGAUGAACUAAGUAUACAAGAAGGCGAUGAGUUGAGUACCAUCGAACCGGAUGAUGGUUCUGGUUGGAUCAAGGCACAAAGAGGACAUCAAGUGGGCCUCAUUCCUGCCAGUUACGUUGAACCAUUACAUAAGGCUGAAACAGUUACUGCUCUUUAUGACUUUGAGGCUGUCAACCCAGAAGAACUUCAACUUCAUGAAGGUGAUGUGAUCAUUGUUACCAAAAAAGAUGAUUCUGGAUGGUGGGAAGGCUCAUUGAAUGGAAAAGUGGGUAUAUUCCCUGCAAACUAUGUUCAAUAA